AUGCGAACCUCUCCCAUUUUUGCCGGUCUGGCGCUUUCCGCAACGGCGAGUGCCGGAGUUCCUUACUGGGAAGGGUUUGGCACGCCUUCAGGCACUCCAAGCUCUACGCCGACUCCGGGCCCUCCCACUGGAGCUUGUGCUGCGAUUCACAAAGUGUAUGUUGCCAAGCAAGCUGAGGAUCCCGAAGGUUCUGUCCUCGUCCCUCCGUCUGUGGCUCUGAAAUGUCUCCGAUCGAUCAAAGUCGACGUUGCGAAGGAUAUCGAAUUCAUCGACUAUCUUCUACCUUUCAUGGAGUUCCAAAGCACGCUGGAAUAUCUGGCUCGUCCACCGGCCGAGUACCUGAUUCCCGGUGUCGACCUUAUCGGGGGUCUGCUGGGAAUAAAGGCUAAGCUACUCGAAGGAUCGUACGAUAGCCAGUACGAUUUCAUUCGAGAGUUUACAGCAGUGACCAGCCGUGUCAAAGAUGGUCACUUCGGCAUCUUUCUUCCAUUGGCUAACGCAUUCACCUUCGCUCGCGGCGGUGGUGGGUUGGUAUCUGUCUCCGAUGAUGGAUGCAACGUCCCGAAGGUGUACUUGGCUGCGGACGCCAAGAAAUCACUUCUCGAGGGCUAUUCCAAAUCCGAUAUCAUGACCGUCGAUGGCAUGCCAAUCCUGGAAUAUAUCGAAACGCUCACCUCCUUUGGAUCAGGCCAGGAUCCUGACGCUUUGUACAACGAGGUAUUCGAGGGCAUCACAAAAGUAGGACAGGGCUCAGAAGGCUCGUUUUCAGGAACACAGUUUACCUCGAUUGGAGAGGAGACUGUUUUCGAGUUUACAAACGGCUCGCGGGCAACCUUUGAAAACUUUGCGAUAGUCCAGGUGGACUUUUCAGAAAUCGAUUCCCCCGAGGCUCUCCAUAAACAAGUUGAACUUCCGACGACGGUCGCAACGACAGCUGCUCCCACGACGACCGAGCCCUCGACACCCACUACAACUCCCGGUUCUACAGAGACGACAACCACCGCAAGCGACGAGGCUAGCCCAACUGUACCUGGCUACCCCUACCCAGUUUCCAAGCACUCCGCAAAUUGGAUUUCUGGCUACUUCCUUAACGAGACCGAGUAUAAAGAUGUCGGAGUCUUGGUUCUCAAUGCGUUUGAGGCACCCUCGAGCUUCAAUCUGGAUUCGACAGAAGACCUCACGGAAUUUUACAUGACUCUCACUUCCUUCCUCAGUGCAUUCGAAGAAGCUGGCAAGAAAAAGCUCGUCAUUGAUCUGCAGGGCAAUGGAGGUGGUUUUGUCGCUGCAGCUGUCGACCUCCUUCAUGAGAUAUUGCCUGACGUUAAGCUCGACGACGGCUACCGCAUGCGGGCUACGGAUGCUCUCGACUGGAUCGGCGAGAACGUGUGGGAGGACCGCGACUCGGCGCUGAUUGCUUCCGAAAAGAACGAAAAUGGCAAGCCCUACAAGAGCUGGAAACAAAUCUUUGGGCCGCAAACCUUCAACGGAGACGACUUCACUCACUUGAUUUCCAACGGUCUUGUCGAGAUGGCAUUCGGCGAUGGCAGCGACGACUCGGCGACUUUCCCGAGCAACAACACCCUGUCCUCUGGAUACCUGAAGGCUGAUAACAUCGUCAUCCUCACUGACGCUUCGUGUCACUCUUCCUGCCCCCUCUUCACUGGCUGGAUGUCGCGCCUCGGCGGCGUGCGCACCAUCGCCAUCGGCGGUCGCCCUCUGAGCGCACCAAUGCAGGCGAUGGGAGGAACCAAGGGUGGUGUUGUUCUCAAGCUUGCCCAGGUGCAGGGAGACAUCAACCUUGCGCUCAAUAAGACCGAAGGGAUGGUCCCAUACACGUUGGAUCUACCUAGCGUCGAAGAAGCGCCUCUGUUGAUUACUGACACAGCAAUCAACACGCAGAACCAAUACCUGCCUGGCUUCAAGAACAGCCUGCCACUACAGUUCGUCUACGAGGCAGCCCACUGCAAGAUGUUCUACACCACUGAGAUGGUCUUCGACGUGACCAAGAUUUGGGAGGGCGUCGCAGAGGUUGCAUGGAACGGUGGCAAGUGUGUCCCCGGCUCAACCGUCAACGACGACAACACCAUCGGCGACACGACGCCAGAAUUCACCCCCGCGGUCUGGUCUACGGCGAAGUGGCCUGCGGUUCCCGGUGCUCUCCUUGCUGUUGGAGGUGACGACUACAAGUCCGGCGCAACCCACUCUAAGAAGGAGAGACGAAGCAAGCGGGAUGACGAGCGCGUUAAGUUCGUCGAGCACGGUCCGCUCCCGACGAAGAGAGUUGUUUUCUAG